UACCGGCGCAUAGAAUUUGUGUCAAGAUAGUCCUUCGGAGGAACCAUGUUACGGCGAAAACCUUCAAAUGCCUCGGACAAGGAGCAGGGCCAGGUGCAGAAAAAGAAGCUGACCCUUCAGAGAUCCAGUAGUUUCAAAGACUUCAUGAAGCCCAAACCAGCUUCACCUGUGGUAAAUCCUGACGUUCCGUUUGAUUAUCCGCUGCCUGAGGGUGAAGUUGAGGAGCAAACUGUAAAAAACAGUGGGAAACUGGGAAAGAAAUGGAGGAACGUCAUUAGUCGCACCAUGACUCGGAAGACUUCUAAGAUGGUACAGAAAGCUCUUGCAGAGGAGGGGAUUGAAAGUGGAGAGGAUUGCUCUAUGUCUCCCAUCUCUCCUAAUGACUGGACUCCAGACCUGAGCGCUGGGAACAGGACAUCUGUGUGUUCAAACAGUUCAGAGGAUACCACACAUUCCCCUUUCAGCCGUCAACUCUCAGGAUGUGGGGACAGACAAAGUCUGGACAGUGGCUUCAGUCAGAGGGACAGCAUGGACAGCCCUUACACUGGACCGUUUUGCGGCAGGGCCCGCGUCCACACCGAUUUCACUCCCAGUCCAUAUGACGUCGAUUGCCUUAAACUCCAGAAAGGUGAUAUUAUCCAGAUCAUUGAGAAGCCACCAGUAGGCACUUGGACUGGAAAGCUCAACAACAGAGUGGGUUCCUUCAAGUUUAUCUACGUUACUGUGCUCCCAGAUGAGGACACACCGCCAAAAAGAAAGAGGUGCCAUAGCCACGGACAGCGAAGACACCCAAAACCACAAACUCUGGGGGAAGUCCUGGAGAGGAUUGAUCUAAUUGAACUUGAGUCUCUUUUGUCCAUGCAUGGUUUCCAAAGUUUGGAGGACUUCAGAGGGCUGAAGGAAUCCCAUCUGAAUGAGCUGAAUAUCACAGACCCUGAGCAGAGAACCAAGAUACUGACAGAGACAGAGCUACUCCAUGACUCUGAUGAAGAGUCUGGUGAAGAGGAGGAUAAAGCUGAGGAGAAAUCUGACAUGCCACGGGACUCGGGCUGCUACGAGAGCACCGAAAACCUGGUGAAUGGGCGCGAAGAGGCCGAGACGGAGCCCAGCACUGAAGGAAAUGUAAAGACAGAUGUAGAAGCAGUAGAAGCAGUUCAGGAGCAGCUCCAGGAGCUAACUGUGGAGGAGGAGUCCUGA